GCUUUCCGUGUCCUGGUUGAACGACAAUCAGGUUCUCGGUAAAGGCAAACAGUAAAUCCACGUAGCGUAUUUAUCACAAUCGUACUCCAUCCUGUCUUCGAAUCCCAUCUCUCUCCUACGGAUUAAUUCGAUCUCCUGUGAAUCCUGUGAUGAAGAUGGUUCAAUAGUUGUAUUACAAAAACAUAUUUUGUUGUGAAGGUUUGGUUGGUCCUUGGAUCGCCGUCGUGCAUUAUGCCGCCGGCCGCUGCCCACAAUCGGACGAUUAACUGCACAUCCCAAUCUGCCGAGUGUAUGGUCCGUUCUGCCGCCAAUGUUGCUGGUAAUUCUAGGACGAGUUUAUUAUGCUUCCUCUUCCUCAGUGAUGGCUCCCAGAAAGCGUCCCGCCAGUCCCGGCUCACCGGUCACCCAGAGCGGUGAUGGUCCCGCUGUGAAACCGGCCCGUCGUGUUCCCUCUAAUUAUCGCCGUAUCAACAAAGCGGCGUUGCGAGCGCGCCUUGUCGCCAACUUCCAUGUGGAAGGCAGCAUUGUUGACCUGGUUUUAUCUUCUAUUCUGGACACACCGCCACAAGUGACCUUUGAUGAUGUCGUCGGCCAGGAGCAGGCCGUGAAGCUCCUGCGCGAACGCGUUGUAUAUCCGGCUUUAAAUCCUACAUUAUUCAACGGACAGAAAUUCUUGCGUCCUCCGCGCGGCGUUCUCCUGUUCGGUCCCACCGGCAACGGGAAGACGUUACUAGCGAAAGCUUGCGCCGCACAGACCAAUUAUAAUUUCAUGAAUUUAACCGCUUCGGUGUUGGUGUCGAAAUGGGUUGGCGACAGCGAGAAGAUCAUUAAGAUCCUGUUCGAAUGCGCCCGGGAUAUACAGCCGUGUAUAAUCUUUAUCGACGAAAUUGACGCCGUGUUAUCGCAGCGAACACACCUGGAGCGGGAUGAUACGCGGCGAUUUAAGAAUGAAUUCCUCACCCAGUUUGACGGGCUUAUGUGCAAUCAUGAAGAGCGGAUUAUGGUGCUGGGCGCCACGAAUCUCCCUCAAGGAAUCGAUACAGCAGCUUUAAGAAGGUUUGAUUUGCGCAUAUUUUUGGGGCCGCCGGAUUGUGGAGCACGGGAGGUGCUACUGCGGCGGAUAUUGCGCGAAGUCCGCCACAAUCUAUCGGAUGCGGAAGUUCGCCAUAUUGCCAAGAUCAGUCAGCAAUAUUCGGCCAGUGAUCUGGGUGUGAUUGUGAGGAAUGCCGCAUGGUUGCCGUUAGGCACGAUUGAUCCCACACGGAUACCCAAGUUAAAAGAAGCCGAGAUUCCGUUGAUUGGCAUCCGCGACUUCCAGCGCGUAAUGGAGCAUUUUGUACCGUCAGGCUAUCAGUCGGAUUUGAAGCUCAUCGAGCAGUGGACACAGCAACACCGGCGACAGCCGUUUCGACAGUGUACCACUAAUAAGUGAUAGUACCAUGUCAUACGUAUGGACAUGCUUGUUUUGAUUGUCUAAGCGUCCGUUUCCCUCCGAAAUGCUGUACAGCCGAUCCACGUGAUUAUCCAGAUUCAGAUUUUAUGUUGAAUUCGUAACUCCUUGUGUGGUGGCAUAAUGAUUACCUGUCAUGUUUCGAUGAA